AUGUCUUCCUUUGAUGGCCUGUCGAGAGAAGAGCUGAUGCAGAAGGUCGUCGAGCUCCAGCAGUGCUUGGCGGAAUUGUCAGAGAAGGUGGACACGGUAAAGGGUGAAAACACCCAGCUUCGAGAUGAGAACGGCGUCCUCAAGGAUUACCUCAACAACCUAAUGGCCAAGGUUGGCAAAAUGCCGAAUCUCGGAACCACUGCCCCGAGCCGUGUGAUGCUUCAACAGAAUCCUGAUGGCGCGCAGCCAGUCAAGGUCAAUGACCAUAUUGGCGAGCUGACUGCACCUGCCAUGGACGACUGA